GCCCAGCAUUCCCCGCCUACCUCCAUAGCCAGACCCGAAACGCAAACGAAUCCAAAUCCCACCUUGGUCCGGAGAGAGAGAGAGAGGAAGAGAUUUGCAGGGGGAGUGGAAGGGGAAGAAUAUAUAGAGAGAGGGAGAGAGAGAGUCAGAGAGAGAGGGAAUUGUAGAGAGAGGGGGGGAAGAGAUGAAGAUCACGGCGCUUAUGGUUCUGAAAUGCAGUCCGGACGGGGGAUCGAACGGGGUAUCGGACUCGAUUAUCCUGGCGAACGCAGCGGACGUCAGCCAUUUCGGCUACUUCCAGAGGUCCAGCGUCAAGGAGUUCAUCGUCUUCGUCGGUCGUACCGUCGCCAAGCGAACGCCUCCCGGCCAGCGCCAGUCCGUCCAGCACGAAGAAUACAAGGUGCAUUCUUACAAUAGAAAUGGUAUUUGCGCGCUGGGAUUUAUGGAUGACCACUAUCCAGUUCGAAGUGCAUUUUCCCUGCUCAACCAGGUUCUAGAUGAGUAUCAAAAAAAUUUUGGUGAUUCAUGGAGGACUGUGCAAGCUGAUAAUACUCAACCUUGGCCCUAUCUGAAUGAAGCUCUGACCAAAUUUCAGGACCCAGCAGAGGCUGAUAAGUUAUUGAAAAUUCAAAGAGAGUUGGAUGAGACAAAAAUUAUCCUUCAUAAAACCAUUGAUAGCGUGCUUGCACGAGGUGAGAAGCUGGACAGUUUAGUUGAGAAGAGUUCAGAUCUCAGUUCAGCAUCACAGAUGUUCUACAAGCAGGCGAAAAAAACCAAUCAAUGCUGUACUAUAUUAUAAGCUUUACAAAGGAGGGCCAAUCCAUUAUGGCAUUUAUUAUGCAAAUUCUAGUGUUGGAAGAUAUAUGGAUUAUGAAAAGGUGAUUGUAAUCUGUUUAUAAAUGAUUUAUCAGUUGUUGUUUGGCAGAAUUCUCUUAUGGCUUUUUCUUCUUUUAUGUUUUGUGGAUCAAAGAAGGAAAGGGAAUCAGCUGAUAUAGCAGUGUUUUCCUUGGUAUUAUAAUAGGAAUAUGCUUCUUAUGGCAGGCAUGGUCACGUUACUUAAUGUGGAGAUGUUAUGUGAGAUUUCUCC